CACACACAUCUGUAAAGGUGCUUCAGUAUUUAACAUGAACGGAAAGGUAAUUCUCGUGGUCUUGGGCCUGGUUGCCAUGGUAGCAGCUGACAGCAGGGAAUCCUUCGAAUACGCUCCACGAAGGGGAUCAUCCGAGGAGUCCUACGAAUCCAGCGAAGCUAAAUACAGCUUCAACUGGGCCGUAGACCACGAUCCUUCCAGCAACGAAUUCGGACACCAGGAAACCCGUGACGGAGACGACACUCAGGGAUCCUACUACGUCGAGCUCCCCGACGGUCGUCUGCAGACUGUCAAGUAUUUCGUCGACGGAGACUCAGGCUACGUAGCUGAGGUCAACUACGAAGGAAGCGCCUCAGCCGAAUCAGGCUCCGCUGAGUCCUUCGAGAGGCCAAGAUACCGCUACGACUCCAACGAGUCCAAAUAGAUUGCUUAUUUUCAGCAAGUUGAUGAUUAGAUAAUAUAUAUAAAAAUUAUUUAUUUCAAAAUACAAUAUGCAACUUUAUUUACAUUUUUUCUUAGCAUCAAAACUAUUUAAUCAGUCAAGAUUGCAGUAAGAAUUUGAAAUGUUUACAAAGUUUUUAAGUCUUUCUGGAAUAUAGCGAAAUCUCUGUAUAUAAAAAGCCAUGAUAUCUUUAGGAUCUUUUCUGUUAGUUAAAAUACUCUCCUAAUCUUACCUACAACAAAACUAGUCAUGUUGAAUGUAUAUAAUACUGACAUUUGGUGUUUACUUAUUCAUAAUGAUACUGCAAAAAUAUUUGUGAUUAUAUUCAUGCCAUUUCAUGGCUGAAUAUCUUUUGUAUAUAUAAGUCUACUGCCUUAGCUUCAUUCUUGACAAGUAAUGCAUAUACUAUGCUCUCAUUCUGUAAAUAUAAAAGUUGCAAUCUCUGCCUUAUUAAAAACAGUACAUAUAA